CGAGCGCGCUCGGCGGCGGGCGGGGCAGCCCCGCAGCGAGCGCAGCCCCGGCGGCCGCACCGCGCACAGGGAAGGAAGGACUGUCCCCCCUCUCCUUCGGAAAAAGAGAAAAAAGCUGUCAGGGGCAAACAUGGAGAAGCAGAUAGCUGAUCAGCUUCCUUGGAUUUCGCUGACGCCACAGGAAAGCUUUGCCUGAAGAUGGAAACACUGGAGUCAGAACUGACCUGCCCUAUCUGUCUGGAGCUGUUUGAAGACCCGCUGCUGCUGCCUUGCGCUCACAGCCUCUGCUUCAACUGCGCGCAUCGCAUCCUGGUCUCCCACUGCGCCACCAACGAGCCAGUGGAGUCUAUCACCGCCUUCCAGUGCCCGACCUGCCGCUAUGUCAUCACCCUCAGCCAGCGCGGUCUAGACGGGCUCAAGCGCAACGUCACCCUGCAGAACAUCAUUGACAGGUUUCAGAAAGCCUCGGUCAGUGGGCCCAAUUCCCCCAGCGAGACCCGCCGGGAGCGGGCGUUCGAUAACAACAGCAUGUCGUCCUGUGAGAAGGUGCUCUGCCAGUUCUGCGACCAGGACCCUGCCCAGGAGGCGGUGAAAACCUGCGUUACCUGCGAGGUGUCCUACUGCGAGGAGUGCCUGAAAGCCACUCACCCCAAUAAAAAGCCAUUCACUGGCCACCGUCUCAUCGAGCCUAUCCCAGACUCUCACAUCAGGGGAUUAAUGUGCUUGGAACAUGAGGACGAGAAAGUUAACAUGUACUGUGUGACUGAUGACCAGUUAAUUUGUGCCUUGUGUAAACUGGUCGGGAGACACCGUGACCAUCAGGUGGCAGCUUUAAGUGACCGCUAUGACAAGCUAAAGCAAAAUCUGGAGAGUAACCUCACCAACCUUAUUAAGAGGAACACUGAACUGGAAACUCUUCUGGCAAAACUCAUUCAGACCUGUCAACAUGUAGAAGUAAAUGCAUCCCGCCAAGAAACCAAGCUGAUGGAAGAAUGUGACCAACUCAUUGAAAUAAUCCAGCAAAGACGGCAAAUAAUUGGAACCAAAAUCAAAGAAGGAAAGGUGGUGAGGUUGAGAAAACUGGCUCAGCAGAUUGCCAACUGCAAGCAGUGCAUUGAGCGCUCGACAUCCCUCAUCUCUCAGGCUGAGCAGUCACUGAAGGAGAACGAUCACGCUCGCUUCCUGCAAACAGCUAAAAAUAUCACUGAAAGGGUUUCCAUGGCAACUGCAUCCUCCCAGGUUCUAAUUCCUGAAAUUAAUCUCAAUGAUACUUUUGAUACUUUCGCGCUUGAUUUUACCAGGGAGAAGAAAUUGUUGGAAUGCCUUGAUUACCUUACAGCUCCCAACCCACCCACCAUUCGAGAAGAGCUCUGUACAGCCUCUUAUGAUACCAUCACUGUGCACUGGACAUCAGAUGAUGAGUUCAGUGUGGUCUCUUAUGAGCUGCAGUACACAAUCUUCACUGGACAAGCCAAUGUUGUUAGUUUAUGCAACUCAGCCGACAGCUGGAUGAUUGUUCCUAAUAUCAAACAAAACCACUACACGGUGCACGGGUUACAGAGUGGCACGAAGUACAUCUUCAUUGUCAAGGCCAUUAAUCAGGCUGGCAGCCGCAGCAGCGAGCCUGGCAAGCUCAAGACAAACAGUCAGCCAUUUAAACUGGACCCCAAAUCGGCUCAUAGAAAAUUGAAAGUGUCUCAUGAUAACUUGACAGUGGAACGGGAUGAAACAUCAUCCAAAAAGAGUCACACACCAGAGCGAUUCACGAGCCAAGGGAGCUACGGAGUAGCUGGCAACGUGUUCAUCGACAGCGGGCGGCACUACUGGGAAGUGGUUAUAAGCGGGAGUACAUGGUAUGCUAUUGGUAUUUCCUACAAGUCAGCACCGAAACACGAGUGGAUUGGAAAGAAUUCUGCCUCCUGGGUGCUUUGCCGCUGCAAUAACACAUGGGUGGUGCGGCACAACAGCAAAGAAAUCCCCAUCGAGCCCGCGCCUCACCUCCGGCGGGUCGGGAUUUUGCUGGACUACGACAACGGUUCUCUUGCCUUUUAUGAUGCUUUGAACUCCCUACACCUUUACACUUUUGACAUUACAUUUGGCCAGCCAGUGUGCCCCACGUUCACGGUGUGGAAUAAAUGUUUGACCAUUAUAACUGGCUUGCCUAUCCCUGACCACCUAGACUCCUCCGAGCAGCUCGCGUGACUGCUAAAAGCCAAAAGGUAGGGUGACACAUCUUCCCAGGGCAGCCAGGCCGUGCCACCAGGAGCUUACCCGGAGCUGGCCAAUCCAUGUGGCAUCCCAGACAAUGCUGCCGAAUUUGGGCAAAACCGACAAGGAGAGAAAAUCUCUUCCUGUGUAUUUUGUACUGAAGGACAAGAAGUGGCUUUAAUAAUAUCUUAGAACUUUUUUUUUUUUCAGUUGGUUUUCGUUGGUUGGUUUUGUAUUUCGUCUCUUACAGGAAGAUUUAUAAAUUAUUUAUAAAAAUAGAAAAAAAAAAAAGAUAAAAGUGAAAGCCUAGUAUGGACACCUGGGAAAUGACUUCUUGUUGUUUUGGGGGGGUUUUUUGCACAUUGGUGGUCCUGUUAAUUAAAGUUUCAUCAGCCUUUUGAAAAAAAAUUAUUUUACAGUGGAUAAUAGCAGGAAAUUUGAAAGACAAAAACUGCAUAGUGGACAAGACAGUAUACUGCAGGUUUUACUUGUACCAGCAUUAGUGGUCUCAUUACCAGCCUUGUUAAGUGCGAGAUCUCCCAAUUUCUACUUUGCACAUGGGAGUGUGCAGACCAAAAGAACAAAACUAAGCAAGCGAGGAAGUGGAGCCAACACAGCAAAAGAAUAAAGUUUAAUUUACUUCUAUUCACAGGGCAGUGCUCUCAGUUCAUAAAAAAACAUGUGGAAUAUCUCCUAGAAAUGUAAGUGGAUAAAUCAUCUGGUGAUUUAUUUUAUUGAUGGCAAUAUUCCCAUCUGCCAGUGCUUCGUUUUCAUCUUUGGGAAACAUUAUAGAAUCACUGAGGAUGUGGAAGACCAAUACCUUCUCUGAGAAUCAGCAACACUGGAGGAGAACAGCCAAUCCAAGGUCUGACUGUAGACUAAUUUGAUAAAGCACAGCAUCAUUUAAGGAUUGAUUGUAAUAGAAGAUGUCAUGGUUCUGAUGGUAGACAUGUGAAUGCUUAUUGCUGAUUUUACAAGGUUCAACCCAGCAAGCCCAGCCAACAGCUCAGAAGUGAGACAUGCAUCACUUUACCAUUGGUUUUAAAUUAAAUACAAAUGUUUCAUUGUCAUACACUGUGUAGUGUCUAUAACAAAGCAAGGAAAUCUGUUUUACAUGUGCUGUAUGGAGAAACACUGCAGCUGGAGUUUGCUCAUAGUUAUCAUUGUCCCAGGUUGUUUGGGAAAGCACAGUUCACUUUGUGAAUGAAAAGGAAAGAGUAAGCUCUCAGCAGCAGUAGAAAUCUGCGUAGGGAGACCCUGUGUUCAUCGUGUUGGUAGAAGAGCUUCAGUGGAGGCAAUAGAGGGUGUAUGUACUUUAUUUCAGAGCUGAAUCAGGUGCUUUUUUUUUUUUUUCUCUUACCCCAUACAGAUAGAAGCUUUUUGUAAUUAUUGCAAUGCUUAUGUAUAAAUUAUCAUUUUGGGAGAUGCUUGAUGCAUAUGACAACUUUAAAGGAGUGGUUUUGUUGUUACUAUGCAAGUGGUGAAAAUCUGCCUGUGUAGAGAAAAGAUAAAAUGAAUAUCAGCUUUAAAGAUUUGCUCAGUAAUUUAUAACCAUGCUUUAGGUGUCUUUUGAAAAAGAUGCCUUAAUGCACUUUGUUCAGUAAUGGGUCCAAAUGAAGUUGUCCCAUCUCAGCUUCAGAUUUUUUAAAUACUGAUUCUCCAGGUACAAAGCUCUACUACAGUUUGCCUUAUGAUUAUAUCAAAAAUUAAUGAACAAGAUGAGGCGAAUACAUACAUGCCCAUUUGUUUGUUUGUGGUUUUUUAAUAGAAAAUAGAUGUCUUUCCACAUUGCUUUGAUUUUCCUUUACAUGCUCUGCUAACUGCUGAAUUAAAUGGAGGAAAAUCUGGCAGUACACUGGUGAUACCAUGGCUUUCAGCUAUGGGCAACAUCCCAUAGUUCACAGGUAGGAGCCACUGAUCUUUCCCAAGUAGACAUAAAAGGGCAAGGUGUGUACAUAUAGUGAACCUCAGUGUUUGUCCUAGUGUCAUUAAUAAUCAAGAAACAUACACCCUCAAAAUAAAAAAGUAAAUCAGUCCACAAGCAUUACAUUUUAAAAUUGAGUACAGUGUUGUUGUUACAUAAUGCCCAUAUGAUCUGGCCUGGGAUGUUUGGGAGCUAGCUGAGAUGGUAUGAAAACUUUGAAAAUGAGUUGACAGAAGAUUUCUGAUGCAAAGCAGUGAUUAAAAAGGAUGCAUGAAGAAAUUACUUUUAUUCUAGAGUUAUUGCCAAGUUUCUGCCUAAAAGGAAAGAGUGAAUUACCAAAGUACAUGUAGCAAGGCUGUGUAUCUUCUCUUUUGCAAGAAAUAAUAAAUCUAGAAGCUGAUUUCAGUAGUGGAUAAACUGAAAACACUGUUCAGUGUUUGAUUAUACAAUGUUGGCAGAGAUUGAGCCUGAUGAAAAUAAUACCAUGAAUUUGGAGAGGCCCCAAAUGAUUUCACAUAUUCUCAUUGUAAAGACCAGAGCAUGAGUCUAAAGACAGAUCAUGGUUUUGGCCAAUGGAAAAAGGAUAGUCUGUUAUCUACAGACCUUGCUCUAUCAUCUUUAUUUUAACACAGAAUACUUCAUUUGGAGCUAAGACACAUUUCUCCAAUGCCCUUUUAACUCAGCCAGUACUCUUUGUGCAUAUGUGUUUGUGUAUAUAUGUACAUAAAUGUAUGGGUAUACACACACCAGCAUAUGCACAAAUACAGUCUGUAAUUUGUGUAUACACACACAUAUGUAUAUACACAUACAAAGUGACAGCAAUUAGUCAGGUGUUCCUUUUUUGCUUGUUUCUUGGACAAUUUUGUAUUCUGUAUGACAAUGAGGAAACAAGUUUGCUAUGAACAGUAUUCUUCUGGACACUUUUUAACAAACAAAAUCUGUUUAUUUUACAAUACUUGAUUCAAUGCCUGAUUAAUCAAUAAA